CGCCUCCGCGUAUGUGCGGCUAAAUUGCUCCCCGAUCGAUCUUGGCGAGUUCAAGUGCUAUCAGUAUUCGUAUUUGUGGCGCGCGACGGUAUCCGAUAUAGCCCAGUCCGCGCUCCCGGUCCCGUACGACGCGCUCGAGCGCGCCCUGGCUGCUCUCGCCGUUCACCUUUCCGUCUACGCUCUCAGUCCUGCCGCUUCUUGUUUGGUGUGAAUACUUGCGGGCGCCGCUGCGAGCUAGCCUUAACGGGACUUUUGUUUGCCUGCACAAGCGACUCUCCCGGUUUAGGACUGUGACGGUCCUCUUGCUCGGACGAGUAGUACAGGACACUGGCAGGUACACGCAUACUGUACACGUCGACCACGACGUUCUCCUCGUCGUCCACGAUGGAACUCGACUACGACAACCGACCGGUGUCUAUCAUGCACAAGGGCCGGGACUGGACAACAACGGCGCUUGAUGGAUCAACUUCGUUGGUAGCUACCUCCUCCUCCUCAUCCUCCUUCGCGGCGCGUCGUCGCUCGAACGCCGGCCACACUCCCCCUCCCCCCGGCCCGCCGCCCUCGCUGCCCAUCCCGAGUCUGCCCCCGACCAUGGGCCUGUCGCGAUACGGAGACUAUGAUGGAAUGUCAGAUUCAUCAGCAUCAAGUCCCGAUGUUCCCAGCAUAAACGCAACAUAUUCGCGCCCAUCGCCCUCCCCCGGUCUAGCGGCAGUCACCGCUUUCUCCCAAGCCAGAUUCGCGUCUGUCUCCAACACCGGCUACACGUCUCCACCCCUCAGCAGCACGCCCUCGUCCGAGAACCUCGCAGACUCGCCACCUCCCUCUAUCCUUCGCGGCGGCCCGACUACACAACCUGCCCCUUCCACCGCCCAGGAGAUCUCUGCGGACCGGUUGCUACUUCCUCCCAUGGACCAGCGAGCGACCCAACCGCGACCGUCGUCGCGGCGGGCUCUGACGAAGGCGUUGGAGCUGGCGCGAGAAGCUGUGAAGCUGGACUCGACGAAUGACGAUCCCUAUGGCGCGGUUAUGGCCUAUGCGAAGAGCGUGGCGCUCCUGAGCGAGGUGAUGGAGAGGGUGAUGAGAGGAGAGGACAGCACAGAAACAUCAAGGCGGAGAAAUGGGAGACGGAGAAGUGUAGUCGCGCAGGAGGAGGAAGUGCGACGGCUGAAAUCCAUCCAUGAUACGUACGCCGAUCGCAUGAACAUCCUCAGCGUCGUGUACGAUAUCCCCCUCCCCCCGCAUUCGCCACCGUCGGUCUCGUCCGUAUCCGCGUCGAGUGACUCCACGCGUCCCUCUUCCCCCUCAUCAAUAUCGCCCACCUCUGAAGCGUCCGAUGUCGGCAGCCAUCCACGCUCACCCUCACGCUCGCGAGAACGAGAGCACCGCUACUCGUCAGAGACCGCUAGGGGCGAUAGCACAACGGAUGACGAGGCAGGCGCACUCAGCCGAACCAGCAGCUACACCGGUCUCUCCCCACUUCCCUCCGGGCGCUCUCUACAUUCUGCACAUGGAACAGCCUCACCACCAGUGCAUCCGUAUGCUGCCGCUGCGGCGCCAGCAGCGGCGUCCCCAGUAAGUUCCCGACAGUCGGUGAUCCGCUCUAGGCCGCGGGCAUCGUCAACACUACCACCGCCCGCGCCUCCACCAACAUCUCUCCCUCCCCCAGCCCCCUCACCGACAAGACCCGACCAUCCAGAACUCACACCGACACAAGCAUUGCGUCCGGUCGACAUCGCUCGUUCGCGAGGCAACUCAGUAAGCCACAAACGCACUAGUUCGGGCGCGCGAUUAGCUGCCCUCCGCGAGGAGUCGUUCGACGGCGGGGUGUCCCAUGAACCUCCGCAGCCUGUGGAGGAGCCGCCUCGUCCAAGGUCGCGCGCGAACAUGCAUUAUGGAGCCUCCCCGCCUCUACCACCUCUACCCACCCCUUCCCUCGAGACGCAUACUCCCAGGAAUCUCGGUGCCUCGGAGCCAGCGUCGCCUGCCCCGCCAGGUAGUCCCGGUAAUUUCAUGACACCACGCCCGAGAGGUGGAUCGACGCUGUCCGUCCGAUCGGAGGUCACGCCGACUAGCAAGCCGACGCUAAUCAACACCUCUCCGGCUAUGGGGACCAUCCACCAGCGGCGAGGCAAGUCGUCCGCCCCGCCAUCCUCCAACGGCGAUGCGUCGUCGCCCACCGACUCGACGACGUCUGCGGCGUCCGUGCCGAACAUGGGCAGCAGGAUAGCGUCGUCCCUCCCCGCGAGCACUGUCAGUAGUCUGGGCAUCGGCCGCAGUCGUGCGUCGUCCCAACCCGGUAGAAGGCCCUCCAUGGCCACCGCAAACACAUACCCCUCUCCUGCGUCUGGCGGCUCGCCGGCCCCGCGCAAGCCUUCGAUACCUUCCCGCCUGAACCCCUCCGCACCUCCCCAGAUCACCGUCAACACGGCGAUGCUGUCGCCCAUCACAUUGUCGGGCCCCUGGAUGACGUCGCCCCCACUCGUUCCCCCGCCGCCGAUACCCUACGCCAAUAUACCCGCCGCGCCGCUCAGCCCGCUCCCAUCGAGCGCCCCAACAGACACACUGCGGAAACCGUACCACAUGAUGCACCUCCUCCGGCAGACGAUGACGUCCAAGACAGGCGGGUACAUCACCCGCCGGCUGCACGUCCCGCAGGAGGUGUGGUCGCAGGGCGGCGCGAAGCUGACGAAUGUGCCCGAGAAGAUCCGCGUCGUCGAGGUGCUGUGCUCCGCGCUCGAGGAGCUCGCGCACUGGUCGGCCGAGUACUUCGGGGCGGGCAACGUCAGCAGCGGGAUGGCGCUCGGGAUCGGGGCGAUCGGGAGGAAGGAGGGCGAGCUGUGGGCGGCGAAGCUGGAGGAGUUCUCGAGCGUGUGCGACGGCGUCGUCGGCCAGUUCGGGAAGAAGCUCGGCGUCGGGGAGGGCUUCGUGACGAAGAAGAGCAGCGGGGUCACCUCCUGGGGAGGACGGCUCACGCGGCAGUUCGACAAAAUCACGAACGGGAAGAACUUGGACUCGCCCGCGCUGUACGUGCAGGGCCUCUCGAAGCUUUUCCUGACUGCGCAGGUACUAGACGAGCACACCAAGGCGGUGGCGCCGCAGGGCAUGGCCCCGCUCUACGCCGCGUUCCCGCCCGACGUGCGCGCGGCGCUCGAGACGAAGCUGCGGCACGCGUCCGAGUUCUUCGCCAAGGUCGUGCUCACGUUCGUCAUCCGGGACAUGGCGCUCCUGCUUGACAAGUACGUGAAGAAAUGCGAGAAGUGGCUCGCGGAGUGAGCGGCGGGGUGCGUGCCCGCGUGGUGAGUGCAGCGCGGCGUGUUGUUAUCAUUAAUGUAGGGUCGGUGUGGGUGCAUAUGGGUGCGAGGGCGGUGUAAAUGCGGACGGACGGACGGACGAAAGCGGCUGCGAUGCGAGUAAGGAAGCCCAAACUGUUGUGGACGAAGACCAACCCGACGGUCGUUUGCCUUGCGUGUACUACUCUCCUCACUGUUUCAGCACAAUCGCGUACAUACAAUCUGGCUCGCGCUCAGACAUACGACAUACGCAUCCCACCUUUCCAUCACACACUCGAGGCGGUCUUUGGGCUAGUAGUUUCGUGUCACAUCGUGUAAAAUUAUGCUUAUGGGAUAGACGUCUUAUAUUCUCUCACACCUUGUUCUCUUAUUGCACUUCAGGCCUCUCCUGUUCGCCUUGGAUUCUUCGUGUCUGCCUGUACAUACCUUACUUGUCUUAUGCUCCUUAGUGAAUACGAUCAUCUUUCUUCC